CCUGCUUACAGUUUAGACACCGAUCCACCGUACCACAGACCGCACUACGGAUAUGAAUCACAUCUGGUCACUGGAAACCGAGUUACGAAUCUGGAUCUGUACAUCGAACGCAAUCGGCAUGCGCCAUUCGUCGUGUUCCGCGAGUAUAUUUGCUGCUCAGAGAAGCAACGAGACCUGGUACAAGACAACCCGGAACCGCGAACGGAGAAGCUUGUGAUUCUGUCUCCACGCCUACUGAAGGUUUUUAACGAAAUAAGGCAUCAAGACUCGAACACAAAAAUGCUGUAUCCUGAGUUUCAGCUAGGCACCGAGAUUGAACGGCCUCAUCUGUGGACAUACUUUGGAAUGGAGGACAUUGAGAGAUCAUUCCUAGAUCUGUCAGCGGAAGACGGUGCGGUGGAUCUUAGCCUUUUCCUCGCUUACUUUCGCGAUGAGAAGGAAGACUUGCAUGACCAGCUCCGAGUACUGCUAUCGAAAGGACUAAUCACAUUGAACCUCGUCGAAUAUCUCUUCGCUCCCAGUACAUUGGUCCUCCGCCGCGAUAAGAGGGGAUCGGAGUUCGAACAAGCCAUGAAACUGGUAUCCUGGCCCAUCAUGACGUAUAAGUGGCCCAAGAGGGACGCUGUCACAAAGCAGAACCUAUUGAACACUCAGGAGCUCAAGUGCAAUGUCCGUUUUGCAUUCAAGGGGUUGGCAUGGGACUACGACUCCAACUUCCAAGAGAUCAAAAAGGACGGGGAGGCGAAUCAAACCUUCAAAGGGGAUACUCCGUUUCCGAUUUCGGAACUUCCAUUCUACCCGCUGCAGCUUGCGCCUGAGAGCAUUCGCAAAGCUCUUGUGGAGAGGGGACGAAUGUACUGGAAAUGCCGCAGGCAGCGGUACGUACAAUAUUCCGGGAAUGAUUUAGAGAUGGUUAAGCACCAGCCAGGAACUCGCUUCAUGGUUGAUAUGUCAACACUGAGGCAGUUUACGACGGAUGGUCAAAGCAGUAAUAGACUCAAAGACGAGCUCGGCCCCGCGAUAAUGAGGAGCGAUGAGCCGCCUGGAGGAGAUUUUGUCCUCCUUCUUCCGAGCACCAUAAUGGGUUUCGAUAUGCAGGACAAGCGAUGGAGAAAGCUUUUGGUCAGCAACAUCAGCGACGUUGUCUGGGAUCAAGAUUCUUUCAAUACCUUGGUCCUACCUGCGGAUACAAAAGACUUGAUCAUAGCUCUUGUGACGAACAAAAUCGCCGCAGACCAGUCCACAGAUUUCUUCCAAGGGAAAGGAACCGGGCUAGUAAUCUUGUUUCAUGGAGCCCCGGGCACAGGAAAGACACUCACGGCGGAGAGUGUUGCAGAAUUGGCUAAGAAGCCACUGUACCGGGUCACUUGUGGCGAUGUUGGAACGGAGCCAGACAAGGUAGAGAAGUACAUGAGGUUUGUACUGCAGAUCGGCAAGGCCUGGGACUGUGUCGUCCUUAUCGAUGAAGCGGAGGUCUUCCUCCAAGAACGGGCAUUGAACGAUAUACAGAGGAACGCACUCGUAUCAGUCUUUCUGCGGACUCUCGAAUAUUACGAUGGCAUCCUAGUCCUAACGAGUAACCGCGUCGGCACCUUCGACGAGGGCUUCAAAUCUCGGAUCCAACUCGCAAUCCACUACGAGAAGCUCACGCACUCCUCCCGCGAACGAGUCUGGGAAAACUUCAUUAACCGCCUGGAAUCCUUCCACUCCGACGACAUCGACAUAAGGGAUUUGCGGCGCCACCUGAAGGACCUAGCGAAGUUCGAAAUGAACGGAAGACAGAUCCGGAACGCGGUAACAACUGGGAGACAGCUUGCAAUGUAUUACAAGAAGGCCCUGGAUUUUGAUUGCAUGAAGCAUGUUAUUGGUGUAUCGAGUAGGUUUGAUCGGUAUUUGACGGGCAUCAAUGAGGGCAUGGAUGAUGAGGAUGUGGCUAGGGAGGACCGCCUUAGAUAACGUAGAGAGAAACUAGAAAUAAGGACUAUCUAGG